UUUCUUUGUCCCCGUAAAGUCAUAUCCGAAGCGGAACUAAACUCAUGAGUAAAACAUGUCUCUGUCAAGCAGCACCUACAAACCUGUGAGCCAUGUCAUUUUCGACAUGGAUGGAUUAUUAUUAGACACAGAGCGACUGUACACUGUGUCCUUCAAGGAAAUAUGUGACCGCUUUGGAAAGCCGUACACAUGGGACGUGAAGUCAUCAGUGAUGGGUAAAAAGGCCCUGGAUGCUGCCCAAAUUAUUCGGGACACUCUGGAGCUUCCCAUGGCAGCUGAGGAACUCCUUGCUGAAAGCAGACAAAUACAAGAACAGAUCUUUCCCUCUGCCAAACUCUUGCCAGGUGUGGAGAAACUGGUGCACCAUCUGCAGAAACACAAUAUCCCCAUUGCAGUGGCAACCAGCUCAGCCAGUAUGACGUACAAGUUGAAGACAAGCCAACACCAAGACUUCUUCAGUCUGUUUGACCACAUUGUUCUGGGUGAUGAUCCAGAGGUGAAGAACGGCAAACCUCAACCUGACUCUUUCCUGGUCUGUGCCAACAGGUUCAACCCUUCAGCUUCUCCAGAAAAGUGUUUGGUGUUUGAAGACGCUCCCAAUGGCGUGAAGGCGGCGCUGGCUGCGGGGAUGCAGGUCGUGAUGAUUCCUGAUGACAACCUGAACCCCAACCUUACCCAGGAGGCCACGCUGCGACUCAGGAGCAUGGAGGAAUUUGUGCCGCAGCUCUUUGGCCUGCCAGCGUUCGACUGAGCCAGAAACCAAACCUAAAACCACACAAUGUAAUUCAAUCUUUGUGUCUAACUCCAUUCUCAUUCUUUGAAGGAAACAAUGAUAGAGUGAGAAAAUCAAGCUAAUUCCUGCAUGCCUUGCCAUGUUGUGAAUAUUAAUGAUUUUUUCUGUCAGAUGAGACAUCACAUCAUUGGACAAAUCCUUUAAGCUUUCUCAUUACACCUUUUUGAAGGCUUGCUUGAUGUGUCACACAUUUUUUUAUGUACAGAAUACAUGUAGAUAGUUGAGGUUUUUGGAUAUUCGCCUCCUAAAUAUCUGCUACUAUCCUAAUAUGAGGUGUAGGUGAGCAGAAAUUAAUUUGUGCUUCUCAAAACAUUAAAAAAUUGUUUGACAAAAA